GCGCAGAUGAAGGAAAUGGCGCGCGUGUCAGGCCAGGCUUUGGACGUGGACCGGAUGGUUCUUUACAAAAUGAAGAAAUCCGUGAAAGCCAUCAACAUCUCUGGGUUGGCACACGUGGAGAACGAGGAGCAGUACACCCAGGCUCUGGAGAAGUUUGGUGGCAACUGUGUGUGCAGAGAUGACCCGGAUUUAGGGAGUGCGUUCCUGAAGUUCUCCGUGUUUACCAAGGAGCUGACGGCGCUUUUCAAAAACCUGAUUCAGAAUAUGAACAACAUAAUCUCCUUUCCUCUGGACAGUUUGCUGAAGGGGGACCUGAAAGGAGUGAAAGGGGACUUGAAAAAGCCCUUUGAUAAAGCUUGGAAGGACUAUGAAACCAAAAUAACCAAAAUAGAGAAGGAGAAAAAGGAGCAUGCCAAGCUUCAUGGGAUGAUUCGCACUGAAAUAAGUGGAGCAGAAAUUGCAGAAGAGAUGGAGAAGGAAAGGCGGUUCUUCCAGCUGCAGAUGUGCGAGUAUCUGCUGAAGGUCAAUGAAAUCAAGAUUAAGAAAGGAGUGGAUUUACUUCAGAAUCUGAUCAAGUAUUUUCAUGCCCAAUGCAAUUUUUUCCAGGACGGACUGAAAGCAGUAGAAAGCCUCAGGCCUUCCAUUGAAACCCUGUCCACGGAUCUGCACACGAUCAAGCAGGCCCAGGAUGAAGAGCGAAGACAGCUGAUGCAGCUCCGAGACAUCCUGAAGUCAGCACUGCAGGUGGAGCAGAAAGAGUCUAGGAGAGACUCACAACUUCGCCAGAGCACAGCUUACAGCUUACAUCAGCCUCAGGGAAACAAAGAACACGGGACGGAGCGGAACGGCAACCUCUACAAGAAAAGCGACGGGAUCCGAAAAGUGUGGCAGAAAAGGAAAUGCUCCGUUAAAAACGGUUUUCUGACCAUAUCCCACGGUACCGCUAACCGGCCUCCUGCAAAGCUCAACCUGUUAACCUGCCAAGUGAAGACCAACCCCGAGGAGAAGAAGUGCUUUGACCUUAUCUCACAUGACAGGACCUACCACUUCCAAGCAGAAGACGAGCAGGAGUGCCAGAUCUGGAUGUCCGUGCUGCAGAACAGCAAGGAGGAGGCUCUCAACAACGCCUUCAAGGGCGACGACAACACCGGGGAAAACAACAUCGUCCAGGAGCUGACCAAGGAGAUCAUCUCAGAGGUGCAGAAGAUGACGGGCAACGACGUGUGCUGUGACUGCGGGGCCCCAGAUCCUACGUGGCUUUCCACCAACCUGGGCAUUCUGACCUGCAUUGAGUGUUCUGGAAUCCACCGCGAGCUGGGAGUCCACUAUUCCAGGAUGCAGUCCCUGACCUUAGAUGUACUGGGAACAUCGGAGCUACUGCUUGCCAAGAAUAUUGGGAACGCGGGCUUCAACGACAUCAUGGAGUGUUGCCUCCCGGCGGAGGACUCGGUCAAGCCCAGGCCAGGCAGCGACAUGAAUGCCAGGAAGGACUACAUCACCGCCAAGUACCUGGAGAGGAGGUAUGCGAGGAAGAAGCACGCAGACAGCGCCGCCAAGCUGCACAGCCUCUGUGAGGCCGUCAAGAACAGAGACAUUCUUGGGUUACUGCAAGCUUAUGCUGAUGGCGUGGACCUCACAGAGAAGAUCCCGCUGGCCAACGGACAUGAGCCGGAUGAGACAGCCCUGCACCUUGCCGUCAGGUCCGUGGAUCGGACUUCUCUUCACAUCGUGGACUUUCUGGUUCAGAACAGCGGGAACCUGGACAAACAGACAGGCAAAGGCAGCACGGCCCUGCACUACUGCUGCCUGACGGACAGCGCCGAGUGCCUCAAGCUGCUCCUGCGCGGGAAGGCCUCCAUCGAGAUAGCAAACGAGGCAGGAGAGACCCCGCUGGACAUCGCCAAGCGCCUCAAGCAUGAACACUGCGAGGAGCUGCUGACGCAGGCGCUAUCGGGAAGGUUUAACUCUCACGUCCACGUGGAGUAUGAGUGGCGGCUACUCCAUGAAGACCUGGACGAGAGUGACGAUGACGUGGACGAGAAGCUGCAGCCCAGUCCCAACCGGCGGGAGGACCGGCCUGUCAGUUUCUACCAGCUGGGAUCCAGCCAGCUUCAGCCUAAUGCCACGUCUUUGGCCAGAGAUGCUGCCAACCUCACCAAGGACAAGCAGAGGGCGUUCAUGCCCAGCAUCGUGCAGAACGAGACCUAUGGAGCCAUCCUGAGUGGCAGCCCACCCCCAUCCCAGCCGGCAGCCCCCACCACCACCAGUGCCCCCCCACUCCCACCUCGAAAUGUCAUCAAGGUUCAGGCAGCCUCCUCAGCUAACACCCUGUGGAAGACAAACUCUGUAGGUGUGGACGGUGUAAGCAGGCAGCGAUCUUCGUCAGAUCCGCCAGCUGUCCACCCACCGCUGCCCCCUCUUCGAGUGACGUCUACCAACCCUCUGGCCCCCACGCCACCCCCUCCUGUGGCCAAGACGCCCAGCAUGCUAGAAGCCUUGAGCCAGUCGGGCAAGCCUCCCCAGCCAGGGGCCUCACAGAGCAGGCCCCCGCCCCUGCCGCCCCAGCCUCCCAGCCGCCUGCCUCAGAAGAAGCCUGCUCCCGGGGCUGACAAACCGACCCCACUGAUUAACAAGGGCCAGCCCAGAGGACCUGCAGUGGAUCUUUGUGGAAUAGAAGCUCAUGGUUCUCUGUCUAAUGCUGUGGCCCUGCAGCCCCCUGCGCCCAUGCCCAGGAAGUCACAGGCGACCAAGUCGAAGCCCAAGCGGGUCAAAGCGCUGUACAACUGUGUGGCUGACAACCCGGACGAGCUGACCUUCUCUGAGGGAGAUGUGAUUGUGGUGGACGGAGAGGAGGACCAGGAGUGGUGGAUUGGCCACAUCGAUGGAGAUCCCAGUCGCAAAGGAGCAUUCCCUGUAUCAUUUGUGCACUUUAUUGCUGACUGAAUUGCUACUGAACAAAAGCCUUUCCUUAACAGUUAUGUUCUUGUUUCAUUACUGGUACCAAAAUUCUUGCCAGAAAACCCGUUUUCAUGGUAGCUCAUUUUCUCUCACUGUUAAGUUUUAAGAACUCAAAGGCAAUUUUAUAUAUAUUAAGUGAAUUGUUUUUAUAAUUUGUAGUUUUCAUGAAACAUUGCUAUACUUUUAUUAGGAAAAACUGAAUUUCAUAAAAGGUGAACUGAAGUUAUUUUAACUACAUAACUGAGAUCCUGCAUCUGUAGGAUGCAUCUACUGCUAAAUUUCAAGAUGGUCAAUGAGGAAUAUUGAAAAUUAUUCCUGCUUUCCUUGGCCCAAUUCUGGAGUUGUGACCAGUAGCAUGGUUAUUAUUUUAGGAAGCCAGUAAACUGCUGCUUCAAAAGUCCUGGACUCUCCAUAAAAUGCCAUCAGUUCACCUUUAAAGACACUUAUUCUUUUGAAACCAAUGUCCAUUUAAAGCAACUUGGAAAUUUACACAUUAGCCUUGUACUUUCUAGCCCUAACCUGUGAGGUUGCACCCGUCACGGCUUCUGCAUGUGUUUAUGACUUGUUGUGAACAAUCAAACUUAGCAGAACUACUGAUGGGUUAUUACAGCAAACGGUCAUAGAAGUUCAUGCCAUUCCAGGAGGUGAUAUAAACUGCAUUUCCUGAAAUUGGUUAAAAACUAAGGAUGAUGGAUUGCAAAACAGUUCUUUAAACUAGCUUCUAUGCUGUAGGUGUUUUGGAGUUUGCCUUCUUCAACUUCCCCUUUCAUUCAAGAAAGCAAAUGUACACAAGUAGAAUACUGUGGCUCAGACCCCGGAACAGAACCACGUUCCCUGCUGUUUCCUGUAGUCACUGCCUUCCCUUCCUAGCUUGCGAGGACAUUCACUCAGCUUAGUGUCUUGUAUUUAUAUAAUAUGCCAACAGGAAUGGUAGCUACACUGUAAGUCUUGAAAUUUAACCUGUCCCUUUGUUUGUACUCAAAAGCAUAUCAGAAAUCUGUAGGUCCCAGGUAAUACAGUUCUCCCACACAUCCCAGUUCUACUAUCUAAGGCCAUCAUGUCACUCCUGAACGUACACUACUUGGGGAAGGGGUGGGAAUUAGGUUGUACGCGGUAGAAUCAAAACUCAUUAGUUUAAUGAACUUGACUGUCAUACCUCUAGUAAUCAUGAGCAUAAGAUUCAUAGUAGGAUUAUUGGAAAUUUUGGCACUCUUUCAGAAUAAAUAGGCAUGUGAUGCCCACUUGGACUUGGAACAAAAGUAAAGGAAUAAAUUUAUAGGCUUGGAAAGCAAGGCAAAAGUGCUCUUGUUGCAUUUGUUAUGAUGGUACAUUUGAUUGAAGCAGCUUGUCUUUAUACAAGACUCUUACAUGUGGAGUCUCCUUUCUUUUUUUUUUUUUUUCCCCCCUGGGCGUUGUUUUGUUUGCUAUGAUCAAGGAAGACACAACAAACUGGAAUGUUGUAUGUUGUUGUAUAGCAAUUGCUUUUUGCCUUUCAACAUUCCGGUAAAAACGUGUUCUAUCUGUAAGCCUUUUUUUUUUUUAAACACUACAUCUAUUUUCACUACUUGUUAAUUUCUGUUGUUUGAACCCUUCACUUGGCCAACUUCUCAUAGAUUUAAGAGUGAACAAAUGUAUUUUGCACAGCGCACGUCUCCUAACUGGGGAACAACCUCCCGCAUCUGUACCUUAUCGUCAGCCUCUGACGACCUGGUGCCUGCUUAGCAAUCAAGUUGACUCACAGGAACAUUUGAACUCCAGACCCAAACCAAACACCAGGUUCCCUGGUACAUGAAUUCCUAGGAAAUAUUUUUCCAGUCUACAAUUUGGUGGUGCUAUUGUGCAGUAAUUAAUAGUACUUUUGCCAGAGGAGAAAUUCUAUUAAUUUCCCUACUAGUAUCCUUUCCUAGUUAUUUGCUUUGCAAAUUCAAAAAAAAAAAAAAGGAAAAAAAACUGAGAAAGGAAAACACUGUAGAUAUCUAUUUAAAGUUUACGUUUCAUAAACUUCAGCUGCAGGAUUCUGGCAUUUGGCAUGCCACUUUUCCACCAGGUCUGAUUUCUAGGGAUGGCGACUCAGAAACAGGUGCACAGAUUAGUCGUUCCUGUGGGACCUGUUAAGGGCGGAUAUGGACACGCAGCCUAGAAUGCUAUUUUGAGAUGUAUGAUACUCAAUUCAUUAACUUGAUUACUUUGGUCUAGUUGCAGCGCAACUGUAUAUAUUGUAUAACCUAAACUGAUUCUUAUUUUCAUUGUCCUUAAUGCAGUGAUGUAUAAUUAGAGCAUGUUCAAUUCAAGUUUACUCUUCUUGUUAACUAGUCAUUUGACUGGAAAAAAAAAUAAAGUACUUUUAAAUGGA